ACAAGUGAAUGUGAGGGGGGCUUGGGCAGGGCACCCUGCACAAAUAUCCGCCAUAAUAGAAAGAUAGUCUUCUUUUAUUUAUUUAAUUAGCCUACAUGUUAUUAAACCUUUAUUUAAAGAUACAGGUCAGUUAAAAACAAAUGUAUAACGCCUAUUUACCAUUCUUAUUUCUCAAUAAUCUUGUUCUGUUGCCUACACAUCAGGGCUAAACUGCCAUACUCUCUCGAUUCCCCCUGAAGAUCAGCGCAACUUCGUCCACCAUUUACUGCCAAAGGACUCCAGAGCCAAAGGAUGGCUGUGUCGGUCUCAAGGGACCUGUCAGUGAGCGUGACGACGGACAUCAACUCGGAUAAACUGACCCACACACAGCAGGCUCUGCGCGAGAGCAUCCAGAAAGGCGAGCCAAAGGCUUUGGGGGUGUCCCAGGUAAUGAUUGGGUUGAUGGUGAUGACCUACUCCAUCCCCCUCCUCUCCACUGAGUUCACAGAGGUUGUGACCUUUGGGGUACCAUGGUGGAGUGGCCUAUCGUUCAUAGCAGCAGGAGUCAUUGCCAUAGUGAUGGAGAAACACAGCAGUAUGAAAUCGGUGGGUGUGUGUAUGGUGGUGACACUGGUUGCCAUUUUGGUUUCUCUCCUGGCCCUCAUCUUCUACUUCAUUGAUCUCCACAACAACCCAGAGACACCGUGUAACCACCCCCUGGCCCCCGCAACACACUACAGGCAGGAGUAUGAAUGUGACCACCAGCACUAUGCCACUGUGUUCAGUUAUGGAGUAAAGUCGUACCUCCUUCUCUUCACCAUCAUCCAGAUCACCAUCUCCUCAACGCUCUCUUACAUCCUGUACAAAAAGAGGAGGAGUUUCGGACCAUACUCAUCUCUCAAUCAAGAUGUUCCCUCGACUCCCAUACUGGUCACUGCCCCCGACUUCAACUGACCAAUAACAGCCGCAGAAGGACUUUAACUGACCAAUCACAUCUACAGACAGAUUUCCACCAAUUCCCCUCUUAUGAUACUGAUGAUUUGUCCACCACUGAUGGUUUGUUUAAGUUUCUACCAUUGUGGCUUUAUGUUAUGUCUUUGAAUGUGUAACAUGAAGCUGUGGAAUUGAUUUGGAUGUUAUUCCAUAGUAUGGAGUAUUUUACUACAAUGCAGUGUUAAAUAAUGGUUUAAUUUCCCCUAAAUUCCUCAUUUGUUUUGUAUAUUAUCACCUAAAUAAAAUCAUUUAUAUCAAAAA